CGGGCCUGGGAAGCUGCGGGCCUGGGAAGCUGCGGGCGUGUCCGGCGGGUCGCCCGGCCGACCCCAGCGUGCAGGCGGGCACCCGAGUCACUGGCCAGGCGGACCUGGCCCGCUUGUCCUGAUUUCCGGGCUGCCCCUCCCGCCCCCGACGGUGCCUUAGUGGGGGGGCGCGGCCCGAAGGGGGCCCGGAGGCUGGACUGUCCCCCAGCCCCAAGUGCGGAGUCCAGAAUGACCCCCUAGCGGGGGGACCCGGUGGCCCCUCGCGGGCGGUGCAGUGAGCGGCCGCCGUCUCCCCGGCUGCAGGUGUUUAGGCCCGGCCCCGCCUCCCGCGGGCGACGCAGUACUCUACUCCCGCGGACUUUGGCCCCUGCACCUUGCACCCUGCACCAGCUCCGGCCUCCCGCUGUCCGGCCACGCUGCCCACCAUGCAGGGCCCCCGCGGGGGCACGGGCGUCAGGGGCCGGCCCUGGCUCGUCCUGCUCGCCUAUGCGCUGGCCACCGUGGAGCUCACCUGUCUCUUCAUGCAGUUCUCGGUGGUGCCUUACCUGUCCCGGAGUCUGGGCCUGGACCCCGUGGCCUUCGGCUACCUGCAGACCACCUUUGGGGUCCUCCAGCUGCUGGGCGGGCCCGUGUUCGGCAGGUUCGCAGACCAGCGCGGGGCUCGUGCCGCCUUCACGCUGUCCUUCCUGGCGUCCACCGCGCUCUACCUGCUCCUGGCGGCCGCCUGCAGCCCGGCCCUGCCCGGCGUGGUCCUGCUCUUCGCCUCCCGCCUGCCCGCCGCCUUCAUGCACACGCUGCCAGCCGCCCAGAUGGUCAUCACGGACCUGACUGCGCCUGAGGAGCGGCCUGCGGCCCUGGGCCGGCUGGGCCUGUGCUUCGGGGUCGGCGUCAUCCUGGGCUCGCUGCUGGGCGGGACCCUGAGUACCACGUACGGGGUCCAGUGUCCGGUCUGGGUGGCCUUGCUGGCCAACGUGCUGGGAGCCGCCCUCAGCGUCAGCUGCGUCCCGGUCAGCACCAAGGAGGCCGGCCCUCAUGUCCGGGGGGCCCCCCCAGGGGGACCCAAGGCCAGCGUGUUUGACCUGAAGGCCAUCAGCCGCCUGCUCCUGCUUCCCGGGGUGCGCCCCCUCUUCCUGGUCAAGGUCCUGUCCGGCUUCCCCUCAGGCCUCUUCAUGAUCAUGUUCUCCGUCAUCACCAUGGACUUCUUCCAGCUGGAGGCCGCCCAGUACGGCUACCUCAUGUCCUUCUUCGGGGCUCUCCAGAUGGUCAUCCAGGGCCUGGUCAUCGGGCGGCUGAGCCAGCGCUUCUCGGAGGUGGCGCUGCUGAGGGCCAGCGUGCUGGUCUUCUGUGCGGUGGGCCUGGCCAUGGCGCUGAUGUCCAGCAUCACCCACUUGUGCCUCCUGAUGCCCGGCAUGGUCUUCAGCCUGUGUGCCCUCAACGUGGUGACCGACAGCCUGCUGACCCAGGCCGUCUCGGCCAUGGACACGGGGACCAUGCUGGGCCUCUGCGCCUCUGUCCAGCCGCUGACCCGCACCCUGGGCCCGACUCUGGGGGGCCUCCUCUACCGGACCUGGGGGGUCCCCGUCUUCGGCUAUGUGCAGUUUGCUGUCAACGCCCUGGUCCUGCUGGUGCUCUGGACGCGGCCGCUGCCCCUGAAGCUGUCCUCUUCCCGCCCGCUCAUGAGACAGGCUUCCAGCUACGGAGCAAUCUUCCUGACCCUUCUAUCUACGGUCCUUGGGUGCCGGCCCCGUGUGAAGUUAUUCUGUACUCCGUAAAUGAGUGCAGUCCCUCUAUGUCUGUCUGUCUGUCCCUCUCUUCCUGACUCAUUUCACAUAGCAUGAUACUCUCCAUGUCUACCCACUUAUAAGCAAAUUUCAUGACUUCAUCUCUCCUAACAGCUGCAUAGUACUCCACUGUGGCACCUCCUUGCCAGGUCCCCUCAGUGGAAGAGCGGGGUCGGGGCCUGUAUGUCACCCUCACCGGGGCUGAGGCGGGUGGCCGGGCACAUGCUGAGCAGGACACAAACAGGGGCCGGUAGCGCCCCAGGUGACAGUUGCAGCCGCUGCCUGGACUCCUGAGACACCACUCACAUGCCCUGGGCACUGCCCGGUGGGCCAGCCAGGC